GCAUCACUUCUGAGAGUCAAAACAUCACAACAGUCGAUGAUCAUCUUCUAGUCCUUGCCCCGACUGCUACUCUCGGAUAAGAUGCAGUUGGUGUCGGCGGUCUCGCCUGCUGUGUUUGCCGCCAUCCAGACGGUAAACACCGACGCGCUGGCCGAGUGCAGCGAACGCCAAAUCAGGCCGAUACUGCCCUGCUUGGUUAGGAUGAGCCUGAUCGCGCCCUUGGACACAACAGCCGAGUGCGUCGAGGCCAGGAAGCAGAUACUUACGAUACUCUCUGGAAUAGAGUCGGUCAAUUCCAUGGUUGCCCUGCUGUCGAUUGACUUUCACGGGCUUGAGAUUGAUGUCAGGCGCGAGCAGCAGUUGAGACAGAAAAAGGGAAAUGCUCAAGCGGACAGUAUAUUGGCGCAGUCUCUUCAGGGUGCGUUUAUCCUGGAGUUUGAGAGAAGCGACGCCAACAGGCGUAUUAGGCUGGUGUUGAGUGAAAUCCUGUUCAUACAGUCUCAGAUUCAAGAACUCCAGAAAAACCAAGAGUUUCAAAUCAAACAGUCAGACUUGUUCGACAGUGUCGUGUACAUAGAGGAAAUCAGCUACAUAAUAUGCAUUGCUUUGGCAGAAUUGCCGGACCUACUGUCUUUGCCAGAUAUAUGCGAAACGUUGCUUCACAUUAAACAUGGACCAGAAAUAGUAUGCUGGAUUGUGGCCAACAAUCCCGACUGUUUUAUGGAGGUCUGUUCGCAUUUAAUUGCCAAUGGUGAGCGACAAGAGGAAUCGGCACUGAGCGGUAUUAGAAAUCAAACUCUGACUCUGUUGUGUCAAAUGAAUCCAUCUCAGGCCCUAGCUGUGAGAGCAAAGUGCGUGGAACUUUGCAGGAUGCCAGCUUUGGCUAUUACUUUGAGUUUGGAGAAUGAUGGUACCAGCAGUUCAGUAGCAGAAAGUGAUAUUGUGGCUUUUGUCUCUGGCCUACUACUUGGUAGUGAUACUCAGGUGAGAGCAUGGCUAGCAAUGUUCAUUCGGAAUGGACAGAAACGGAAAGUGGAGUCGCAUGGAGCUUUGCAAGCCCUCAGAGACGAGCUGCUCCAAAGGCUACAAGCAAUAACGUCGCACAGCUCUGAUGGACAGCUUGCGGAAAGCCGAGUCGUCCAAGCGAGUGCCUUGCUUAGACUGUACUGUUCUUUACGCGGCAUCGGUGGCAUCAAAUUUCAAGACGAGGAAGUGGUAAUGAUCGUCAAGCUUCUAACAUCGCACCCUCCUCCGUCGCCUGCUGGUGUUCGUUUCGUUUCUCUAGGCUUGUGCAUGCUCAUCGCUUGCCCGUCGUUAAUUGGCCAUCAUAAUUUGGAAAAACCCUGCAUCGAGUGGAUUCAGUGGCUGGUACGUGAAGAAGCCUACUUUGAAAGCGCGAGUGGCGUCUCUGCCAGUUUUGGUGAGAUGCUGUUGCUCAUGGCUAUUCACUUUCACAGCAAUCAACUAUCAGCCAUCUGCGAACUCGUCUGCUCGACCCUAGGCAUGAAGAUACCCAUUAGACCAAACAAUUUGACUCGUAUGAAACAAAUCUUUACGCAAGAGAUUUUCACUGAACAGGUAGUUACGGCGCACGCGGUAAAAGUACCGGUGACGGCGAAUCUCAAUGCAAACAUACCAGGAUUCCUGCCAGUUCAUUGUAUACAUCAGCUGCUCAAGUCUCGAGCUUUUGCUAAGCACAAGGUGCCGAUAAAAAAUUGGAUUUAUCGCCAGAUUUGUGCCAGCGUGUCGCCACUGCAUCCACUGCUCCCAGCUCUGGUUGAAGUUUAUGUUAAUUCAAUCUUAGUUACGAGUAAUAAGUCUAUCGAGCACACGAACAAACCUAUCACAGAAGACGAAAUAAGACGAGUGUUUCAAAAUAAUUCGUUUGCCGUGAAUAUUGAUUCUAUGAACAAUAACAAAAAGAAGACAAGCCUCAAGUCUUUUGAUGCAAUGGAAAUUGAUUGCGCAACAGAUAACAUUACCACGGAAAGCACAACUAAACCGUCGCUGACGUCGCAACUUUUGCUCCUGUAUUAUUUAUUAUUAUACGAGGAUGUAAGGCUAUCAAAUACUCAUAAUUUCACAUCCCAGGGUCGCAAGGUCAAAGCUUACUCGAUCGAAUUCAUGUCCGAAUUACCCAUCAAGUGUAUGCUGCAGCAAGUCCAAAGGGAUCAAAUGAGUUAUGGUAAUUUGUUCCCUCCACUGCUCAGGUUACUAGCCACGCAUUUUCUGCACUUAUCGCUUGUGGAAGACUGGCUCGACGACGAGGCAAUUAAUCUCGAUGUUGGUACUCUGACCAAAAGCCACAACGAAUCAAUUGUAGUAAACGAUUCUAGUAUUAUGGAGGCUUUCGAUCACGUACAAAGUUGCCCGUCACGAACGGCUGUGCUGCUCAGACAACUGAUUUCAAUGAAACCUACAGAUAUCUGGCCGUAUGCCAAUACCAUAGUGCAGUUUUUCAAGAGGGUGUUGGAUGAACAGGUGCCGAGGUACAUUCAAGAACUCUAUCAACAAGUGUGGCUGAGGCUAAAUGCAGUACUACCGCGCUGCCUGUGGGUACUUACAAUAAACGAAUUGUUUAUGGACAAUUCAACAACUGUAUUUUUAACUCAAGAAACUAUUGUUUUCGAUCCGCUUCAAGUUUUACGCUGCGACAUGCGGGUUUUCCGUUGCGCACCUGUCUUGUCUGUAAUACUUAGGAUACUACAAGCAACACUAGCAGCGUCCCGAUCGCAAUUAACAAGGCACGUACAGGAUAGACCGUUAAUAGAAAAAGCUGGACAGCUGACAAAUGAAGCAGAAAGAGAAGAACUGAAAACUGCUCUGAUCGCUGGUCAGGAAAGUGCUGCUGUUCAAAUUUUAUUGGAGACGUGUAUUGAGACCGAGGAGGACAGAAUUGUUCCCGGACAAAUGUGGUCCCUCAGGGAAAUAAGGAGUGUUAUAUGUUCGUAUAUACAUCAAGUAUUCAUUGCUGAACCGUCUCUCGCUAAAUUGGUGCAUUUUCAGGGUUACCCUAGGGAGUUAAUCCCGGUGACAGUUGCUGGUAUCCCAUCAAUACACAUCUGCCUGGAUUGGAUUCCAGAACUACUUGCCCAGCCGGAAUUGGAAAAACAAGUUUUCGCCGUGGAUCUUGCAUCCCACUUGGCAAUUCAGUAUGCGUUACCUAAAGCAUUGAUUGUUUGUCGAUUAGCGAUCAACACUUUAGGUACCUUAUUGGGCGCUUUACCGGCAAAAGAUCGCGUUGAACUUUUCAUGCCGAUUUUACCUGCCCUUACGAGGAUAAGCUUUGUGUUUCCGCCUCUCGUCGAAGGAAUCAUCGAUUUGCUCUUGCAGCUCGGUCGCGUUAGUAAUGCGCAGGCAGCACUAGGUGAUCGAUCUGCCGAGUUACUCUGUCAAGAGGUCAAUUCGACGUUUGCCAGCCUCUUGCAAAAAGCUGUUCUUCAAUCUAAUAUUUAUUGAAGUGUGUGACGUAUCUCAUUAGUUAAAUUACAAAUUGUUCUAAAAGCACUGUAAAAUAUUUAAUGUUGUCAGAUGGUAAUGAUUUGUGAUUUCAAUACCAAUUACAUUUUUUAAUGAAAUUCGUACAUUUAGAUCAUGUUAAAUUAUAAAAUAUUUGAAUCGUGAUUUACGACAAUGAUUGAAUUAAACCAUGUUGACUAAAGUGUUAGA